UGUAUGCUGCCUGCCACACGACGCACGGCCACGGCGGCAUGCAAAUGAUGCACCUGGAGCUGGAGCAGCAGCAGCAGCAGAAGCGCAAGCGGCAGCGCAAUCGGCAGAGGGAGCGCGAGCAGCAGCAGGAGCCGCCGGCGACCAUUCACUGCAGCAGAAGCAGCAGCCUGGCAAUGAAUGUGGGCGUAGAAGGCGUGGCUGUCGGAAUAGGAGAUGCAGCAGAGGAGUCUGCAGCAGCAGCAGCAGCAUCAGCAGCCGUCACAGUCAUGCAUUGGUCUGUGGUUGACAUUUGCGGGGCACGCAGCUGGGGCUGAUGCCAAAAAACCCCCCACCCAUACCUCCCACACACGCCCUCACCACAGCCCAAGGCAGUUGGAUGAGCAUUUUUUGAUUUAGGAAUAGGGGAGAAGUGAAAAUGAAAGAGAGAGAUAGAGAUAGAGCGAGAGCGAGAGAGGAGCAGCUGUCAGCUGCAUUACUUUAUAGCGAAAACGAAAAAAACCCUGUUACUGAAUUUAACGGAAUAUAUACCACAUAUAUACAUACAUACAUACAUAUAUAAUAUAUU